AUGGGCGGCGGGAGAGCCGGGCCGGCCCUGCCCGGGCGGCUCCUGCUGGGGCUCUGGGCACUGGCGGCUCACCUGGCGCAGUGUCUCGCUGGCAGCGCAGUGACUGUCCCAGAAACACUGCUGUUUGUGUCCACCCUUGAUGGGAACCUUCAUGCUGUGAGUAAGAAGACAGGCGACAUCAAGUGGACCCUGAAGGAUGAUCCCAUUCUUCAGGUGCCUGUUUAUGUGGCAGAACCGGCAUUUCUCCCAGACCCCAAUGAUGGCAGCCUGUACAUCCUGGGAGGCAAAAACAAAGAAGGCCUGAUGAAACUCCCAUUCACCAUCCCAGAGCUGGUCCAGUCCUCACCAUGUCGCAGUUCGGAUGGUGUCCUCUACACGGGGAAGAAACAGGACACAUGGUUCGUCGUGGACCCCAAGUCGGGAGAGAAGCAGACAACGCUGUCGACAGAGGCCUGGGAUGGCCUGUGUCCCUCGACUCCUCUCCUCUACAUUGGCCGCACCCAAUAUGUCAUCACCAUGUACGACACCAAGUCCCGGGAGCUGCGGUGGAAUGCCACCUACCACGACUACUCAGCAGAGCUCUACGACGAGGCCUACGAUUACAAGAUGGCUCACUUUGCGUCGAGUGGGGACGGCCUGGUAGUGACUGUGGACAAGGAGAGCGGUGAUGUCCUGUGGAUGCAGAACUACGGCUCCCCUGUGGUGGGGCUGUACAUGUGGCACCAAGACAGUCUGCGCCGGGUCCCCCACCUCAACGUGGCCAUGGAGACGUUGCGCUACCUGACCUUCCACUCACAGGACAUCCGCCUCAUCAAGUGGAACUACCAGUCCAUGAAGGACUUCUCCACCACCAAGACCCAGCUGCUGCCGACGCUCUACGUAGGGAAGCAUGCAGCCAGCUUCUACGCCCUGACCUCCUUGGUCCAUGAGAGUGUGGCACUUGUGCCCCAGGGGAUCACGCUGGCCAGGAUCGAUGGCCCCACCACGGAUGAUGUGACAGUGAGAGAGUCCGGCGAGUGUGAGAUCACACCAAGCACAGAUGUCAAGUAUCCGCAGGGCAGCAUGAGCUCCCUGCACAACGAGUGGCUGCUCAUAGGGCACCAUGAGCUGCCUCCUGUGGUCCAUACCACGAUGCUAAGAGCCUUUCCAGAGACCCUGAGGAAGACUACAGAAGCCAUCAUCCCGAAGACCUCCCCUCCCAAGACUCUGUUUGAUGACUUUCUGACCCCGAACGGCAUGGAGGAUCAGGCCAGCACGGGCAGCGAUGGGCGGUACCACUGGGAUUCCACCCAGGCGGAGCAAACGGAAAUCUACCCGGAAUCAGGCAGCUGGGACCUUGUGGUCACUGCAGUGCUACUGGGCGGGGUCGUUCUGCUCCUGAGCUUCGGUCUCGGGAAACUGCUGGAGCAGCCACUGCAGCUCUUGCCGCAGCAGGGACUGCUUUCCCCAGGCCGGGUCUCUGGGGAGAGUCUUCCCCCAAGCUCUGAGGAAUCGCUGAGUGGGAGCCAGCGAACAUCUUCGCAGCUGUCACGGAGCUCAGGCCCAUCCUCCUCACAGAAGGACCUGCCCAACGGAAUGGCCGACCAGGAUCUGGCUGUGUCUGGAGCUGCUGAAGAUGCAGAGCCCGAUGUGACUGUAGUUGGGAAGGUUUCCUUUAACCCCAAGGAAGUGCUGGGCCAUGGAGCCAGGGGAACCUUUGUAUUCAGGGGGCAGUUUGAUGGCCGGAAUGUGGCUGUUAAGCGCCUUCUGCCUGAGUGCUUUCACCUCAUCGACCGGGAGGUCCAGCUGCUUCGGGAGUCGGACGAGCACCCCAAUGUCGUGCGCUACUUCUGUACGGAGAAGGACAAGCAGUUCCAUUACAUUGCCAUUGAGCUCUGCUCUGCCACGCUGCAGGAGUAUGUGGAAAGCCCCAGCUUUGAUCAUCGGAACCUGGAUCCAGUGUCUCUGCUGUAUCAGACCACAUCAGGCCUGGCACACCUGCACUCCUUGAACAUAGUUCAUCGUGACCUGAAACCCUGCAACAUCCUCAUCUCUGUCCCAAACAGCCACGGGCAGAUCCGGGCUGUCAUCUCAGACUUCGGCCUGUGCAAGAAGCUGCAGGGGGGACGGCACAGCUUCAGCCUCCGCUCUGGAAUCCCAGGCACUGAGGGCUGGAUCGCACCAGAGGUGCUGCGAGAGAACCCACAGGAGAACCCCACGUGUGCGGUGGACAUCUUCUCAGCCGGCUGCGUGUUUUACUACGUGGUGUCCGGUGGGGAGCACCCCUUCGGGGACAGCUUACGGCGACAGGCUAAUAUAUUGUUGGGCACUUACCAGCUGGCCUGGCUGUUGGAAGACACUCAUGACAACGUUGUUGCAAGGAAACUGAUUUCGGUGAUGAUCAGCAACGAGCCCCAGGAGCGCCCAUCGGCCCCGCAGGUCCUCAUGCAUCCCUUCUUCUGGAGUCGGGAGAAGCAGCUGCAGUUCUUCCAGGACGUCAGCGACCGUAUUGAGAAGGAACCUGCCGAGGGACCCAUUCUUACUGCCUUGGAGUCCGGGGGGCGCUCGGUCGUGAAAUUGAAUUGGAGAGCUCACAUCUCUGUCCCGCUGCAGACAGACUUGAGGAAGUUCCGAACAUACAAGGGCAGUUCAGUACGUGACCUUCUGCGGGCCAUGAGGAACAAGAAGCAUCACUACCACGAGCUGCCAACAGACGUCCAGGAGACUCUUGGGGCUGUUCCUGAUGAGUUUGUUCAGUACUUUACUUCUCGCUUCCCCCAGUUGCUGCUUCACACACACAGAGCCAUGCAGAUCUGUGCCACAGAGAGGCUCUUCCACCCCUAUUAUCAGCAGCAGCCAGGAGACCUUGGAAAUGAGUGGAGAAGCCACACCUGGGAGAGAACUUAG